CGAGACCGAGCAUAUCUUUAAUUACCGUGAUCACUGCUGGCGGAAUACGACAUAUAAUAGUGAUUAUAAUAUCAAUUUUGUAAAAAUGGCUGAUCUCACCGCUCAUGUAUUAUUCGCGCUUGCGAAUAUUAUAGCUGAAGAUAUCAAUUGUGCUUUUAUAUUUAUAUAAAUAACCAUAACUGCAUGUCGUAUUGCUGUUAGCAGUAAUCACGAUAGUUAAAGACAUGUUCGGCCCCCGAAAUUCUGGCCCUCGUAGAGAUACGCGUCAAGAGCCUGGAAAUGGUGCGCUCAUCUACACUAUUCUACACCGAAAAAAGAUUCAAUUAAUGAGUAUCAAUGUACAAGGAACAAUCUGCCCUAAAAAGGCUUCUUCCACGUUCAGUUGUGAGGAGCAUGUCGCGUCAAUGUUUUGCUUUGGGUAGGAUAAAUUUCAUACAUGACAAUUGGUGAAACACAUGCUAUCGUCAAAUCGCACGAUGCAACAGGAAUCAGAGUCUAACCAUGUGACAGUAUGGAAUCCGUCUGAUAUUUUUCAUCCUGUACAUUGUCAGUACGCAGUUCUUGUGCUGAAUCGACCUAUAUUAUGGAAACCACAGCAAAUGCUUUCAAUUUGGGAGAAAGCUCGGAUUACUGUCACUGUGGACGGUGGAACAACUAGAUGGCUGAAAUACUUAGAGGACAUAGGGAUAAAUAUAUUGAAUGGUCAGUACAAGAAAUAUGUGCCUGAUCUUAUUACGGGAGAUAUGGAUAGCACUUCAGAAAGCGUGUUUAGGAAGCUGGAAAGUAUGGGUUCUAUUGUCGUCGAAACACCUGACCAAAAUCAUACAGACUUCACUAAGGCCUUGGUGCAAGUCAAAGAGUAUGCUAGAUUGAAAAAUAUAAAUUUGGAAAAAAUAUAUGUGUUUGUGGAAACAACAGGAAGGUUUGAUCACAUCAUUGGUAACGCCAACACGUUGUACAAAAGCAAAAUGCUUGUGGGAAAUAUCAAGGUAAUACAAGUUGCAUCCAAUUCCUUUACAUGGAUAUUAAGGUGUGGUAUGCAUAAGAUAAAUAUACCAGAGAGACUAGUGCAGUGCAAAUCUUGGUGCAGUCUAAUGCCACUUGGGUUUCCAGUUAAAUGUAUCUCAACGACCGGCUUAAAGUGGAAUUUAAAUAAGGCGUCUUUAACAUUCGGUGGUUUGGUUAGCACAUCGAAUACAUACGAUAAUUGUGUGGUGACAGUGAAUACAGACACACCAGUAACAUGGUCUAUGGGUAUCGAGCACUUUAGAGAAACUGUAAAUGAUCAUGAGUCGUCGUAAUGUUAUUUUCAAAGUAGAUAAUAGACAAGAACUUUGUAAUAGCUCUACCUCUAUUUGCAAUAGCUCUACCUCUAUGUACAUACGUGUACAUACAUGUAACUUAGGUGUACAUACGUAUACUUACAUGUACUUACCUGUACAUACAUUCCUGCUUAAAUGAUAUUUAGUGAAAUACUAUAUAUUAAAAAAAGUAAUUCAUAUUUGUUGGAUUGCCAUUUCAUUAUUUGACAAAAAAAAUUAAAGUUACAUAUGACACAUCUCUAGUUGUGAUAAGAAUGUAAAGAUCUGAAAUAAAGUUAAGAUUUUUAGAAAAAAUUA